CGGCCAUUUUCGGAUUCAUGAUUCCAGUGGCUUUGUAUAACUGUAACAGAUUUUCUGUAUCGUGGCAACGGUGACAACUGCAAGAAUCAUACAGAGCGAUCGCGAUUUAUUUUCAUUUUGCUUAAGAAAGAUAGCUCUUAUAAAGAAAGUAAAAAUGACGACAGCUAGGAGAGCGACACAUGCUGGUAGUUGGUAUACAGACUCGGGUUCGGAAUUGAAUAAACAACUGGAGGAUUGGUUGGAGGCAGCGGAACUAUCACAUGGACCGGCUAGAGCAAUCAUUGCCCCUCAUGCAGGAUACAGCUAUUGCGGAGGAUGUGCUGGUUUUGCGUAUCGUCAGAUUAGCCCUGCUGUUGUCCGUAGGAUAUUCAUUUUAGGGCCCUCUCAUCAUGUGAGGUUAGCACGAUGUGCCCUUUCUUCGGCAUCCGUUUAUCGCACCCCAUUGUAUGACUUACAUAUUGAUCAAAAAGUAUGUAGAGAUCUUGAAGAAACUGGCCACUUUGAAUUGAUGGACAUGAAUACGGAUGAAGAAGAGCACAGCAUUGAGAUGCAUUUACCAUUCAUUGCCAAAGUCAUGGAAGACUUUAAAGAUUCCAUUACCAUAAUUCCAAUUUUGGUGGGUUCUUUAAGCCCUGAAAAAGAAGCUGGCUAUGGAGCUCUGUUGGCACCAUAUAUGGCAGACCCACAAAGUUUAUUCAUUAUUUCGUCGGACUUUUGUCAUUGGGGACAAAGAUUUCGGUACAUAUAUUAUGAUCGAUCGUGUGGUCCUAUUUAUAGAUCCAUUCAAAACUUAGAUAAAAUGGGCAUGGACAUAAUCGAAACAUUAAAUCCAGCAGCUUUUACGGAAUAUUUGAAAAAGUAUGGCAAUACUAUAUGUGGACGACAUCCAAUUGGUGUUUUAUUACAGGCAAUUCAAAACUUAAAAGGAAAUACAAAUGGGCAGCGAAUGAAUUUGAAAUUUCUUAAGUAUGCCCAGAGUAGUCAAUGUAACAAUAUGAAUGACAGUUCUGUAAGCUAUGCCAGUGCUUCCUUGGUGCUAGAAUAAUGAAGUCCCAUAGCUUUAAUGUGAUUUAACAUUCUGCACGAGAAGUGAAUUAAAAUGAAGAAGAAUAUAUAAGUUAAAGACUGGUAACAUUAUCAUUAAAAAAAUGGUAACAAAAGUGCAGCAUGAUGCUUUUCUAAUUUCAAUUCACUGUGGAAAUGUGUAUCAGUGAAGUCUGUUUAAAGUUAGCAUUGACUCGAUGUCACAGUUAAUCGAUUGUCAAUGAAAUUGAGAUAUUCUGUGACAACUCAGCUUGAGAAUUGCACAGUUAUGCUUAGUUUUACUAAUUACGAUAAUUAGUACUUCCACAAAUGCUGUACAUGAAGAAACAGUUUUCUUUUUUUGUUUUAAUUAAUGUUAAUACGUAGGUCGCCAUUGUAAAGUCUAUUUACGAAAACUGUGGCAAAGGUCGCCUUGCUGGCAAGCAGGUCAAGUAUUUCAUUUUAUUUCACAUCUGGAUGUAACUUCCGAAAUUGUAUUCAAAUUUUCUGUUCUUCGUAUUUAUUUAACUUGGAACAUUAUUUCCACUUGGCCGGGUGGAAAGAAGUAUUCUUUAUUCUAAAAAUACUACGUAAGGAUAAUCAUUGUACAAUAAUAAGCUUUGUGGGACCACCCUAAGGAACGGCAGAACUACCUCAGAUUUCCAUGUUUUUAUACUAGGCACAGUAUCGCUACUGUGAAAAGGCAUAAAGCAAUCGGUGUCAGAGACUAGAAAUGCGCGUGGCGUGUCAUUAGAAAGAGGAAUCUGUAAUUGAUCUGUGUUGCAAUAACUAUGAUUACGAUAUCGGGGCGUAUCUUCAUAGUUUUUAUGGUUUUCCCCAAAAUGAGGCAAUGAAAUGAUCUCGCAUCCUUCCAAUUUCCAAUUUGCUGUUUAUAAAUCGACUACUAAGGCUUCGUCGAUUCGACUUUAAUUAUUUGACAAUAGAUUUAUUGUGAUAUGCUAAGAGUAAGGUGUAACUAAUUGAUGCAGAACUGUACGACUAAUUUUCACUUAGAUACCGAUGUCUCAGGAUCAAUAUUGUUUUAAAAUUUAUGUUUGCAUAUUAAAUCUAAAUGUUUUUAUAUUUAUUGAAACUUCAUACAAUUUUAUUUGAAAAGGUUAUAUUGUUACGUUUAAUGAUUGUAGAGUUCAGCUUAAUUUCUUUACAGGUCACACGAUUAAGUGUAUAUCAAUUAAGAAUAUCGUGCGCGUACAAUAAACUGAUUUGAUGGGUAGGUAGGCUACUUGAAUUUUGCAAAUUGCAAAAAAGAACUGUUGUGCAAAUUGCUUAGGAUCUUUAUAUUUUUAUAGUUAUGAAUAAUCACAAAUGUUAGCUGUUAUUGCAAUUAUACGAGCGACGAAGUAUAGUAGAUUACCUGUUACAAUGUAGUACUUGUUUCGCGUGAUAUUGGUGCUUCUAAAAAUCAUUCUACAACAUAGUACUGUACACUUACCCAUGCAUAUAAUAAUUGGUGGUUCCAUGCCAGUAAUAGUUACUUAUUUCAUCACUCAUAUCCAAAGUUGCGUCAUAUAAAUAACUAAGUGACAAGUGUAUCACAUAUUUUUUUGCUUUGUUUUCUAUUUUGUGUAUUAAGAGAUUAAAUUUGAUGUAUUCAAUUUUUACACGAA